GGAUACUCGUUGGAGUUCUCAUUAUGGUACUCUUAUCAACCUAAUGCAUUUAUUUUCUUCUAUUAUUGAUGUUCUUGAGUAUGUUGGGAAGAAUGGAAAUGAUGAUGCACAGAGGGCUGAAGCCAUUGAUUUGUUAGAAGUUAUGAAUCGCUUUGAGUUUGUGUUUGUGUUACAUAUUAUGAGGAAAAUCUUGGGAAUCACACAUGAACUAUCUCAAGUGCUACAAAGAAAGGAUCAAGAUAUUGUUAAUGUUAUGAAUCUUGUUAAAGUGGCAAAAACACGUUUGCAAGCGAUGAGAGAUGAUGGUUGGGAGAUUUUGUUGACUGAAGUUUCCAAGUUUUGUAGCACACAUGAGAUAAUUAUGCUUGAUAUGGAAGAUGAAUAUGUAGCUCGAGGAAGAGGAAGACGUAGAGUUGAGAAAAUGACCAAUCUCCAUCAUUAUCGAGUUGAGUUAUUUUAUUCUGUGAUUGAUAUGCAAGUUCUAGAGUUAAAUCAUUGUUUUGAUGAAAUCAACACAGAGUUACUUUUAUGCAUGGCAUGCUUGGAUCCUAGAGAUUCAUUUUCUGCAUUUGAUGUCAAGAAGCUGGUUCGCCUUGCAAAGCUUUACCCGUCUGAAUUUUUUGAAGUAACUUUGUAUGAACUUGAAAGACAGCUUGAGAACUUUAUUUUUGAUGUGCGCUUAGAUGAAAAAUUCUCAAAAUUAUUAGGGAUCGGAAGUCUGGCUCAAAAGAUGGUUUCUACAAGAAAACAUGAAGUUUUUCCGUUAGUUUAUCUGUUAAUCAAGUUGUCAUUGGUUCUACCAGUUGCUACAGCUACAGUAGAAAGAGCUUUUUCAGCUAUGAAGUUCAUAAAGAGUGCUCUACGCAAUCGUAUGGGAGAUAAGCUGUUAAAUGAUUGUCUGAUAUCUUACAUCGAAAAGGAUGUAUUUGUAAAUGUUACUAAUGAAGCGAUUAUGCAGCGGUUUCAAAACAUGAAAAAUAGAAGGGAAAUGUUAUAAUGGUAGGAAAUUUAUUUUUAUUUUUGUAAUAUUGUAGUGCAACUA